AAGGCGCCGGUGGGAGAGAUAGUCCUUUCGCCGACUAUAUAAGACCGCCUACACCGGCUCUAAGGCAUCAGUUGUUCAACUCGUCAACUAGAGUCAACAUGAAGCUGUUCGUCAUCGCCGCUCUCUUGGCCGUCGCUGCCGCCGCUCCUUCCAGCUACAAACCGGAAUACAAAGCUCCUGAAAUUACCAUCGUCAGCCAAUCCGACGUCCGCAACGUCGACGGCAGCGGAGCAUGGAGCUACGCUGGAUCUGAUGGCACCACCCGCGAUGAAUCUUACGCCCAGAAGCAGAUCUCCGCCCCGGCCAGCAGCUACGGCAAAGACGCUUACGGAAAGGACACUUACGAGAAGGAGUCUGGAGCCGGCCACACCAACAAGGGCAACUCUUACUGGGUCUCCCCCGAAGGCCAGCGUCUCACAUUGACCUGGGCCGCCGAUGAGGCCGGUUUCCAGCCCAAAGGCGAGCACUUGCCAGUCGCUCCCGUCCACAUCCCCUUCGACGGCAAGGGCUUCAAGAUCUACUAAAUGCAUUUCCAAUCUCACCAAAAUCUCUAGUGACCGCGUCAAAGACCAAUUUUCUCUUUUGUACAAUGCUAUAAUAUAUUGAUGUCAAAAUACAUCCAACAAGAAAAACUAAAA